UCCCAACCAUUCGCCUUCAACAGCCUACUUAAAGACUGCUUCUAAACAAGCUAGCGUAUAUGUGAACAAAACAUACAGUAUCUCAAAUCUAUCAGAGCUUCAAUCCUUCUAUUCGUCCUAUUACUACCUUUCCCAAUCCUUAAUUUCUUUGCUAGCUUAGCUUCUUCAAAAACCUAAGGCUUAUUUAAUUUCUAGUACGUCUUGUUGUCCUACCUUCAAUAAUCUUCUUGUUUCAUCACUUACGUUGCCAAUUAUAUUCCUUCAACUCCAUCCCCUACCUUUUCAAUGGAAGGCCAAGAUCUGAGUCUUCGAGUUGCCUCAUUUUCUUGUUACCUCAACCCCGAAGAUAGCUUCGUGCAGAAGAUCUGGCCGGGAUCAUCCUCAAACCUUAAAAUCUCCAAAACAAACAACGCUGCAGGCGGCCUUCGAGUGAACAACAAUAAUAAUUUCACGUUCAACAACGCGGCCUCGUCGCGCCCGGUUCAAGAUCCUACCGUCGCAUUUAUUCUCCCCGGCCACCACCAACCACCGUCGACGAAAAAAGACGCCGCCCAAGUUACCAUCUUCAAGGCAGAUAAGUACUUCAAUACCACCACCUCGGAUUAUGCCACUGUCCCUGGAGGGAUCAAGUACGCAAACCCACAAGGCCAAGGGGAUUAUUUCAAGUCUGCAACGCCUAGUUUGUGCUCAGAAUCAAGUAGCCAAAUGGUGCUUUUACCAAACAUCAUCAAACAUAAUAAGAAGGGCAUUGGACGGAGGCUUUUCUUGGGUUUGGGUUUUGGCUGCCGAGGUCCUUGUUCCGACAAUAAAGCCGUUUUCAUUAGCCACUCAAAAGGAACGGAACAUUUCGCGACGAAUUCUGGGCAUUUCAGGGAAGAAAAUGGCAUGGGAGGAGGAGAGCCUGCAAGAAAAUCAUUGGAAGUUUUUGGGGCUGAUAAAAAGGGUGGCAUGGCAGGCAACUUAGAAAGGAAACUAUCAAUGUUAACCUGGGAUGCCAUACCACCAAAUACUCAUCAAAACAAUCCUCCUCCCAUGACUCCCACUGCCACAAUUAGUAACACUAUUUGCGACGAUCGGGCUAGCGAUGCGAGUUCUGAUCUAUUCGAAAUAGAGGAUAUUUCUAGCACCGCCGGGCACGGAUAUGGAGCUUGCCGGACGGCGGGUUACACUACCUCUGCCUCUGGGUGCUCAUCUCCGACUCACUACGCGCCUAGCGAGGCUAGCAUCCAGUGGAGCGUCGUCACGGCCAGCGCCGCCGAUUAUGCCUCCGAUUAUUGUGACGAAAAGUGUUAUAGCAUUGCCGCUGUUCAUGAUACAAUUCAUCCUAGAGCCGUCGCGAAAGCCAAGAAUACUACUGCCACGGCCAAAUCGUCGCUUAAAAGCCGUAGUUCCGGCGGGCUCUUAGGGUGUAACAGCUACAAGGCCGUAAGUGUGGCCAACACUGCCGAUCAUCAACUACCAAAGCUGCUAGGAAACCAUACACAAUUAUCGUAUGCUAGAAAUGUUUGAUCUAUAUUUUACAACUAUAUAUUUUAUAUGAGCGAUGCAAUGCCC